UGUGGGAUGAAUAACAAAUUCAAAGAUGAAUUUCCCAACGAAUUACAUGGGAAAUUGGCUCCGGAGGAAUUUCAAGAAACUAUGCGCAAAAUCAAUAGUCGACUGGAAAAUUCCCUCCCAACUCAAGUGCGUUGGUUAUUCUGUGGACUGUUGUGUUGUUGCUGCACUGCGGGCUGUUCCCUUUGGCCCGUAGUUCAUCUGAGUCGUCGUACACGACGUGAUUUACAAAAAACGCUAGAGGCAGAGAACCAUCGACUGUACAGCAAUAUUGGUCUUCGAUUAUCCUUAAUCAAACAGCAGUCCACAGAAUCUACCGCCCUCAUGGAAUAUGUGAGUGAAUUGUGUCAUCCAACCCCUCGUGAUUUCAAACGAAUACCCCCCCCCCACAUGCCUGGUAAAUAA